AUGCAAUCCUUCAUUGUUGCCUCUCUUCUCAUCGCCUGCGUUCUCGCCCAGUACAACCAACAAUACCAACAGCCAAAUAAUCAGCAGUAUUAUAACAAUCAAUACCAAACCACGACACGAGGCUACAACCAGAACCAAAACCAACAAUACGGACAGACUCAACAAUACGGACAAACCCAAUUCGGACAGACCACCACCCCACGUUACACUAGCCAAGCCAUGUACGGAACUACCCAGUCUGGAAGACAAUUCGAUCAACAAGGAAACCAAGUGUUCUUCAACUCUGUCGGAAAGUCCACCGCUGUUCUGUCACUUGUUGGUGCCGCUGCUUAUGCUCUCCUCUAA